UCGACAAUGUCAACAACACUACCGUCAUCAAUAUAUUUGUUUCUUUAAGGAGUUCAAAUUGAUCAGGUACCAUUUUCUCCCCAAUGAAGUUACGCUAUUUUUCUACUCUCGGAAUGUAGAUUCCGUCUUGUCCCACAGCUUCCCCAAUCCCAUUUCCUAACUGACGUUACCGGCUCACUAUUAAACGCCUUUCCUGAAUAAAGCCCUCACAUUUUGCAUCCUCCGAGUCAUCUAACGCUUCAGCUGGGGCCAUGGAAGGUUUGUAAAUCCCCAAACCCCAGCGACCUUCAUUCCUACACAUCACAGCGCCGUUAAGGACGAGGCCGGAGGCCCCGCAGAUCGAUAUCGGACGGAAGGUCACUGAGCGAAUGGCCAUGUUGUGCGGCAGCGGCAGCUGCAGCUGCAGCCAAUCAGCGGUGAGCUGUGCGGCAGCUGUCGCUCGCCGCCCGCCCGCCCGCCUCCAUGAUGUACGGCAGUCGCCGCCGUUGACAACACUGCGCCCUCACCUGGGAAACGAAGGAUCCUUGAUCAAACAUGGCGAGGUUAAGUGAGCAUGGGAUUCGCCUCAGUGCGAUGAGCCCUACCUACUUACACACAAACUCGACCAGCCACACCUGGCCUUUCAGCGCAAUCGCCGAGCUCGUAGAUAAUGCAUGUGAUCCAGGAGUGUGUGCCAAACAAAUGUGGAUUGACGUGACUGAAAUUAAAAAUGAGCUGUGCCUGAUCUUCACUGAUAAUGGGAAUGGAAUGACUCCAAUUAAACUACACAAAAUGUUGAGCUUUGGCUUUACCAAUAAAACUGGGAAUAAAAACCACUUGCCAAUAGGAGUGUAUGGAAAUGGGUUUAAGUCUGGCUCCAUGAGGCUAGGGAAGGAUGCUAUGGUCUUCACCAAGAAUGGAGGAGCUUUAAGUGUGGGCCUCUUAUCGCAGACGUACCUGGAGCAGAUUAAUGCACAAGCUAUAAUCAUCCCCAUUGUGCCUUUCAACCAACACAAUAAGAACCUCAUAGUUACUGAAGAUUCGGUGCCAAGUCUGGAGGCUAUUUUAAAAUAUUCAGUUUUCAAAUCCCAGGAGGAACUGCUGGCAGAAUUUGAUACAAUUGCUGGCAAGAAAGGAACCCGGAUUAUUAUUUGGAAUAUCAGAAGAAACAAGGAUGGAAAACCUGAGCUGGAUUUCGAAACAGAUCAGUAUGAUAUAAGGAUCCCAGAUAUCAAUUGUGAGGAGAGUGCAGGAAAGAAGAAAAGCUACAAACGGCCAGAGAGGCUGGAUCAGGACAUUCCUGAAAGUGACUACUCGUUAAGAGCAUAUUGUAGCAUUUUAUAUCUGAAGCCCCGAAUGCAGAUCAUAUUGCGUAAGAAGAAAAUCAAAGCACAGCUUAUCACAAAGAGCUUGGCCCACAUUGAAUAUGAUGUUUAUAGACCUAAUUUUAUUAAUAAACGUGUAAAAAUAACCUUUGGUUUUAACUGCAAGAACAAGGAACAUUAUGGAAUAAUGAUGUACAACAAAAAUCGCCUUAUCAAAUCCUAUGAGAAAGUUGGAUGCCAGAUAAAGUCAACCACCAGAGGAUGUGGAAUUGGCGUAAUUGGAAUUAUUGAGUGUAAUUUUCUCAAACCAGCACAUAAUAAGCAAGAUUUUGAAUACACCAAAGAAUACAGGUUGACUCUUCAAGCGCUGGGGCAGAAGCUGAAUGAUUACUGGAAGGAAAAGAAAAUCAAAAAAAAACAGGAGGAAGCAGAUAACACUGAGUUGAUAGAAGAGUUACGAACUGCUCCUGACCAGGCUUGGGUUCAGUGUGAGACGUGCAUGAAAUGGCGCAAAUUACCGCCAGAUGUCGACCCAGAAUCAUUACCAGAAAACUGGUACUGUAAUAUGAAUCCUGACCCCAAAUUCAGAGAUUGUUCUACACCAGAGGAGCCAGAAGAAAAUGAUGAUGAAAUUACACCCAGUUAUGAAAAAACAUCUAAAAAAUAUGAUCAAAGUCUGGAAAGAAGGAGAUCAAAGUCAUUGGAACAAGAGAGUGUCAUGCAAUCUGAGCUGUUUUUAACAAACCAAAUAAAGGACUCCUUGGAAACAGAAGAAAGUGAGGAGGAAGAGAAAGAUGAACAGGAUGAAGAUGGAGGCUGCAGAACACGAUCUUGUUCUACCAGUCUCAGCACAGCUUCAGGAUACUCAGAUGGCACGAAUGAAGAACGUAUUGUGUCCUGCAGCCUAGUACUGAGCAGCAAUAAACGAAAGCAGAGUCCAAAUGGUAAAAACCGAAAUAAAAAGCGCUUUAAAGAAAAAGUGGAAAAACUAGUCACUCCUGAUGCAGCCCAACCAUUGGAAUCUGGAACAGUGAAUGCUACCAGAGAAGGGCAGAGCAACAACAGUGAUGAUGAUCUCAUCAUCAUAAAGAAUGAGAGUAUCCAGGAAUCUACAGACAUUCCACAAAGGACCAAGCAGGAUGAAAUAGAACCCAUGGAGUAUUCUGCAGUCCCUAAAGAUAAUAAUGAUAAAAAAGUAAUUACGGAAAAUGGUUCAAAUAGUGAUGGGUCAGUUAUUCACAUCCCUUCACAAAACACAUUUAUUUCAGAAGGAACACAGACCAAUAAACUUACUGUUAUAAAGAAAAUUGAAACAAAUUCUAGCAGCACAAAUGAGCCCACAUACUCCCAUUUUAAUCCCAGAUGCCAAGAAAGUAUUUUAACAGAUAGAGUUCAUGAGAGUGCUUUCGAUUCAACAAAGUAUACUCCAGCUGCAGUACAAUUUCUGGAGAACCAAUUGGACCAUGCAAGAAAUUUAUUAGACGAAAUAACCGCAGAAAGAGAUUGCUUUAGGAAGCAAAAUGAAGAACAUACCAUUGCACUAAAGCAGAUAACAAAACAAUUGCUGGAAUAUCAAGAAAAUGAGAGACAACAGCAACAAAGUAAAAUGAAUAAAGAAGCUAAUGGGCCUGAAAUCUGGAGUCUUGAAGACAUGAGAUCCCAUUAUGAGAAAGCAAUUGAAGAUCGUGUUUCUUUGACCCAGCAGUUAGAAGAUACAACAAAGAGGAUGGAAAAUUGUUCCUUAGAAAGGGAUCUUCUGAAAGAAAAGCUUGAGAAAAUGGAGCAAGAAAGAGAUCAAAUCAGAUCAGAGUGUGAAAAAAUAAAGCAGGAUAUGAAAUCCAGCAGGAACAAAAGGGAUGAAAUUUAUUGGACCAAAAAAUCAGCUGCUGCCUACAGAUACUCGGAACUAGAGCUGAUGCGGACAGAAGUUGAGAGAUUAAAAGGGCAAAAGGAAGAGUUGGAGAAUAAACUAGAAGAAACCCUGAGGUGUAAUGCAGUACAUAAAGAGGCAUUGGUUCCUUCCACCAGCCAAGGAGUUGCACAGGCCAACAGCAGUUUACUGACAAAGCUGAAGUCAUUGCGAAUAAAGGUUGGGCACCUGCUGGGUUCUGUACUGCCGCACUUGGACUUGAAGGAUAUCAGUUAUGAAACAGAUACAAUUGAUGAUAUCCUAGAAAAAGUCAUAGAAGCAAAUAAACUCUGAAACAAAUCUCUCAUAUUGUGUCAUCAUAAGAUAAACAACAGCUGACAAAUAUGUCUGACCAAAGUAUAUGUGGAUUUGUAAUGCUGUAUCUGAGAAAAACAGAAAUAAGCGAUAGCAGUGUACAUUAAGUAUUUGCACACUUUUUACACUGACUACCAACCAAAAGUACAAAAUUGAAUGUUUUGAUAACUGUACCAGAUCGGAUGUAUCCAUUUGUAAUUAAAUUGUCAGAGCUGCUGGUAAAUACAAAUAUUACUGUUAAUGUUUCUUAUUUUAUUUACUCUUUUUGUUACCCAAGUCUGAGGUACAAAAUGUGCCCCCCCAGCAGUAAAAUGAUUGAACAUUUUUCUGAAGAGGUGAGGUUAUUGUGUUGCAAAGAGUGAAAUCAAGUGUACAGGACUGGCUUAAACUAAAACUAAUAAUAAGCUAUAAAUACUGUAGAGGCUAAAGCCGAUAGCUGUUGCCUCUUGUUGCCUUUGUGAUAUCAAGCUUGUGGAUUUCUGGUAUGUCUUUUAUUGUACUGAGACAUCUAUGCUAUUCUCAGUUGCUUUUAAAAUUCCUAAAAAAAAGAUUUUUUUUACAUUGCUAUCAAAAUUAAUCUGUGAACAGAAAGUAAAGUACUAAUGAGGGACAGUUUUUUUUGCAUCCUGUGGACAUAUGUUUUCUGGUGUUAUUGCAAGAGAAAGACAUUCUCAAGAUUCAGCUUUCAUAGCAUAUAUCCCUUGCUAAAUUGUUUUUCCUUUCUAACUAAGGCUAUUAACAAAGUAAUCUUAGCACUUAUGAAUAAACAGAUCUCUAUGUUGCCUUUGGCAGGGACAUAAACUGAAAUAUGAAUUUGAGUGACCUGGAUGUAUGUGGUUACAUUUAAGGCCUAUUGAAUACUACAAAAUUUUGUUCUUAUAGUUAUUUGGAUUGAAAGUACUCAGACUUCCAAGAUGAUAGCUGAAAACAAGAUAGAAAGUACUGGAAAUACUCAACAAUCAGGCCACAUCUGUAGGUGGAGAAAGAAUUAACAUUUCAGAUUGAAUACUUUUUGUCUGAUUAUAGAUCCCUCUCCACAAGAUUAUUGAGUCAGCAGUUAAGUAUAGGAGGUGAAUUUGCUUGGAAUGUUCCAUAAUCAUCUGCUUUAACUUUGGAAGAAGGACGAGUGGUGAAAAUUCCCAAAGAUAUUCAUUCCCAAAACUCCAUCUGAAUUUUAAUAAUCUAGUUUAAGUGAGAUUUGCUCAUAUUUGUUCAUUAUUGCUGAACUAGAAUAGAACUAAGUACAUAAAAGGUGAAGGGGAACCCAGUGAACUGAUUGGAAUACCCUUUGUUUUCAAUAAAAUAUUGUUAUAUGAAACAUUGAACCCAAAGGGAGAAAUUUCCUUUGGUUACUAGCGUUGAAUAUGUAUGAGAACAUUGAUUGUCAGUUGCAUAUGCCCCCCCCCCCCAUUUUGGAACUGAUGCUUCUGGACAUGAGUGCAACUGGCAUCUGAUAUUCCUGCACACAUUUUGUUUUAGUGACCAAAGACAAUUUUCACCCUGUAACUCCAGAAGGUCCAUUUUCUCCUAUGGGAGUGUAGCAGAGUAUUAAGAUCUGAGAUACACAAAAACUUUUAAAAACACUAGGCCUGAAGUUUUUAAUAUUCUGAGGAUUGGCUACUACCACUCUAUUAUUUCACAUCACUGCCACUCACCAUGACAGGCCUGAACAUUUAAAGCUAGUUUUCCCUCAAAUAGUCUUUUUUAAAUAGCUGAGUAAGGUUGACCAUAGGAAUGUCACUUAUUUCCAUUUGAUUUCUUUGAUCUAAAUUUAUCACAUUUAGCAAAAUUCCCAGCCAUUCAAGAAGUGAAUAAUAAAGCAACGUUUCAAAAAAAAGUACACUACAAUUGCUUUUCAUCAAUUUUCUCUUAUUGAUAAGAGGGAUCCAAAUGUAUAAUUUGUUUACAAUGGUCUGUUACAUUUAGGAUCUGUAUUUUAAUAUUAAUAAUGAAAGGUUCCCUCUGAGUGCUAUGAAAGUUCCAUCUCAUAACAAGACCUGUUUAUAAUUUGGUAUCAAAGUAGCAAUCCUAACUAAAGAGGAAUGAAAAAUGACAUUGACAUGGAGUAUUUCUGUAGAUAUCCUGCCGCUUGUUGUACACCUUGAUUCAAUUUGCUUUAAGCUGUGUAAUGCAUGGUAAAAGGAUAGGUCAAUGUUGUUGGCAUUGGUGGUGAUGAAUUUAAUUUAAUACAAUCUUGAUAGUGAUUCUGCAGAAGGCAAAUGAGAUAACCAGUUCUUGAGCAUUGAAUAUGUUGAAGGAAGGACAGACAAUAGUCAGGCCAUAAGGAGAAGUAAUUUCUCUUCUGUACAGAUGGUUUAAGUUUUCUUUGUGUUCCUUGAGCUGCAGAACAGUGUUCUUUAAUUAAUGUUGCACCUCAAAAAGAGUACCAUUGGCAAAACAGCUGGUUUUCAGCUAAAAUAUUAGUCUGGAAUAAAUGAUAAAAUCCUGGAUUGAUCUUUGAAUAUACAGCUUUGCAUCUUAGGCAACAGUUUUCUGAGGGAGAUAGCGAUUUGAUAGUUGUAGCUCUGUGUGAGCACAUCAGAGUGAGAGUUAAAUUCCACCUUAUUAAAUUACAAAAUUGUGAUUAAUAAAUAGAACAACCAUGAAACCUGCUGUUUUGUCAUUAAAUCUUAAAUCUGUCACUGGUACCCUUCACAGAGAGGCGCAUGCCAGCCUGUUCAGUCAAAUCUAAUGUGCAGUAUCACGUUACUUGUUAUUUUUAAUGGUUUCCAAAGUAGACUUCAUAGACAGUCAGCUAUAAGAAGAAUGGUUAAGAAGAGGAACACUUCUUGGGAAGUAAUUUUGUCACUUCAGUCCACAUCCCUGCAAAUCUUUAUAGGAUGAAAUUUUAAAGUUGAGUCUGAAGACUGUUGUUAAAAUGGUAUUGCAAAUUUUGCCCUACACCUAGCCAUGCUGUCUUUGACUAGCUUAUUGCUUGCUACCAAUGUUAGUUUAUCAAAGCAUAGUCCCAUAUAUACAGUGGCAUGCAAAAGUUUGGGCACCCGUGGUCAAAAUUUCUGUUACUGUGAAUAGGUAA